AAACAAUCAGUUAUUUUUUGUUAAUUAAUUGACCUUCAGUUAUAAUCUUUAUAUUAUACAUAUUGCCAUACUAUAGUGAGGUAAGAGUUUUAGAAUAUAGAAAACAAGCAUUAGAUAAGUAUUCAUUUAUUUAAAAUGGUGUUUCAAUUAGAGGGAAAAGUAGCCUUAAUUACUGGUGGUGCAUCAGGUUUAGGACUAUCACAUGCCAAAGAAUUGUUGAGGAAUGGAUUAAAGGGUGUUGCUCUAGCAGACAUCGACGAAACUGCAGCUGAAUCAGCUUUGCAACAAAUAAAUAAUGAAUUUGGACCAGGCAAAGCUUCCUUCGUUAAAACAGACGUUACUUCUAAUGAGAGUUUCGAAGCUGCAUUUAAAAAAACGAUCGAUUAUUUCAAACAUGUCGAUAUUCUUAUUAAUAAUGCUGGUAUGGUCAAUGAUAAAUUGUGGGAGAAAGAAGUAGAUAUUAACUUGAAAGGCACUAUUCAGGGAAUAUUUCUUGGAAUGGAGAUUUAUUUGAGGAAUUACAAAAGCGGGGAGGAAGCAGUGAUUCUGAACACUUCGUCAAUAGCAGGAUUAAGAGGCAAUCCCGCUAUUCCAGUUUAUAGUGCCACUAAAUAUGCUAUCAUGGGUAUGACUGGCAGCUUUGGUGCACCAUACCAUUACGAAAGGACCAAAGUUCGAAUAAUUACAGUUUGUCCUGGAUUGACAGUCCAAACUGAUGUUUUCAACCGAGGAGAAUAUACUUUUUCUCCAGAGUAUAUGGGAGCUUGGGUCUCUCCGUUAGAAGAACUUUACGCCAAUAAGGAUUACAUUCAAACGCCCGAACAUCUAUCAAAAGAAGUGGUAAGGAUGAUUAAAUUCGCUGAGAAUGGAAGUGUUUACGUAGUUGAACAAGGCUUGCCUUCCUUUAAAUAUUGUAUGGCUUUGAAGGAAACUAUGAGGAAUAAGUUGUUAAUAGAAACUUAAAUUUGA